CCUCGCUGCUGCUGCUGGCAGGCUGCUCUUGCUUGGGGGCUCGGAGGCGUGGGACCGGUUCGGCAGGUUUGUGCGAGGCUGAACAGGUGAGGAGUCCCGGGGAGAGAAGGGCGGGGUGCCGCAGAGACGGAGCAGGAAGCAGCGGACGCUAUGGUUCGGUAACACGGACACGAAAACACGGACGGGAAACACGAUUUUCAGCUCAAACGGAUCCACUGAAAGGCGGGAAACUUGAGGCUCUAAGAUGAGUCGGCAACGCGUCGACUCGCAGGGCUCCAUCGGGCCGAACGAUGAGGUCAUGCCGUACAGCGACGACGAGACGGACGAUGAGCUGGACGACGAGACCUCGGAAAGUGAAGCGGAGGCGGCGCCGGAAGCCCCUCAACCUCCGAUGGAAACGAGACCCCCCGUGGUUGGGUGGAAGGUGAAGGCUAACGACAGAGCUUACCAUCAGCUGCCCGAGUUUAAGAAGAAAAUCUUCUUGUGCAUAAAGAAGAGCCGAUACUCCGGAAAUGCUAUUAAAACCUACAAGUACAACGCCCUGACCUUCCUCCCUCUCAACCUGUACGAGCAGUUUAAGAGGGUUGCCAACAUCUACUUCCUGGUUCUGCUCAUCUUACAGAGUAUACCAGAGAUCACCACCCUGCCCUGGUACACCACGCUGAUUCCUCUGGUCAUCGUUUUGGGAAUUACCGCCAUCAAAGACCUGGUGGAUGACCUGGCGCGACACAGAAUGGACAAGGAAGUCAACGGCAGGAAGUGUGAAGUUCUCCUGGAUGGCAGGUUUCAAGACUCAAAAUGGAGGAACAUCCAGGUUGGAGACGUGGUUCGCCUCAAGAAAAAUGACUUCAUUCCAGCCGACAUCCUGUUGUUGUCCAGCUCUAACCCAAACAGUUUGUGUUACGUAGAAACAGCCGAGCUGGACGGGGAAACCAACCUGAAGUUUAAGAUGGGCCUGCGGGUGACGGACGAAAGGCUGCAGGAGGAACAGGAGCUGGCCGAGUUUAACGCCCUGAUUGAAUGUGAGGAACCAAAUAACCGCCUGGACAAAUUCACCGGGACAAUGCAGUGGGCCGGGGAGCGUUACCCACUGGAGCUGGACAACAUGUUGCUCCGAGGAUGCAAGGUCCGAAACACAGACGUGUGCCACGGGCUGGUCAUCUUCGCAGGAGCCGACACUAAAAUCAUGAGGAAUGGAGGCAAAACCAGAUUCAAGAGGACUAAAAUAGACGAGCUGAUGAACUACAUGGUUUACACAAUCUUCGUGCUGCUCAUCCUGGUGGCGGCUGGUCUCGCCAUCGGCCACACGUACUGGUACCAGGACAUCGGUUCUCGGGCCUGGUACCUGUAUGACGGUAAACAUCAGGAUGCCGGCUACAGAGGCUUCCUCAGCUUCUGGGGGUACAUCAUCGUCCUGAACACCAUGGUGCCCAUUUCGCUCUACGUCAGCGUGGAGGUGAUCCGUCUGGGUCAGAGUAAAUUCAUCAACUGGGACCUGCAGAUGUAUUACCAUGAGAAGGACACACCAGCAAAGGCCCGGACCACGACGCUGAAUGAGCAGCUAGGUCAGAUCCAGUACAUCUUCUCAGACAAGACUGGAACGCUGACGCAGAACAUCAUGCAGUUUAAGAAGUGUACCAUCGCCGGACGGAGCUACGGUGACCCUACCACCUCUGAAGGAGUGUCGCUGGACAAAAUAAAGCCUGUGGACUGGAGCUGGAACCGCCUUGCUGAUAAAAAGUUUGAUUUUGUGGAUCACUUGCUGGUUGCUAACAUUAAAUCCAAAAAGGACAAAGAUGCUCUGGAAUUCUUCAAGCUGCUGUCCCUCUGUCACACAGUCAUGGUGGAAAGCAACGAUGGUGAGCUGGUCUACCAGGCUGCAUCUCCUGAUGAAGGCGCUCUAGUGACUGCAGCCAGGAACUUCGGCUUCGUCUUCCUGUCUCGUACUCAGGACACCAUCACCAUCUCUGAAAUGGGACGUGAGGCGACCUAUGAAAUGCUGGCAUUGCUGGACUUCAACUCUGACCGAAAGCGCAUGUCCAUCGUCUUGAAGUUUCCUGACGGCCGUAUUCGUCUGUACUGUAAAGGAGCCGACACGGUCAUCUAUGAGCGCCUCUCUCCUAACACCAGGCACAAAGACGCCACCCAGAGGGCUUUGGAUAUGUUCGCCAACGAGACCUUGCGGACUCUGUGUUUGUGUUACAAAGACAUCAGCGCUAGCGAGUACGAAUCCUGGUCCAGGAAACACAAAGAUGCCCAAUUGACCAUGGUGGACCGGGACGCUGCUCUGGACCGGGUGUACGAGGAGAUCGAGACCAACCUGAUGCUGAUCGGAGCCACAGCUAUCGAGGAUAAACUGCAGGACGGGGUUCCGGAGACCAUCGCCAAACUGGCGAAGGCUGACAUCAGGAUCUGGGUCUUAACUGGAGAUAAGAAAGAAACGGCAGAAAACAUUGGAUAUUCCUGCUCACUUCUGACAGACGACAUGCAGGUUCACUACGGAGAAGACGUUAAUGAGAAGCUGCGGAUUCGUCAGGCCGACAGAAGAAACUCCGCUCCUCAGACGAUCAGAGCUCGCAAAAAGAAACCAGCAGAGCCUUUCUUUCCUGGAUCGGGCAAAAACGCUCUCAUCAUCACCGGAGGCUGGCUGAACGAGAUUCUUUUCGAGAAAAAGAAGAAACGCCGCCGGCUCAAGCUCCGCCGUCUGGGAAGACGCCCACCGCCCACCAACCCUCAGGAUGAACAACCGAUGAACGACCUGGAAAAAGAACUGAGACAAAUCGACUUUGUAGACAUGGCCUGUGAGUGUGAAGCCGUCAUCUGCUGUCGCGUCACGCCGAAACAAAAAGCUAACGUGGUGAGUUUGGUGAAGAAGUACAAGAAGGCCGUGACGCUGUCCAUCGGAGACGGCGCCAACGACGUCAACAUGAUCAAGACUGCCGACAUCGGUGUGGGGAUCAGCGGUCAGGAGGGGAUGCAGGCGGUCAUGUCCAGCGACUUCGCCUUUGCCCAGUUCCGUUACCUUCAGCGCCUCCUGCUGGUGCACGGGCGCUGGUCCUACAUCAGAAUGUGCAAGUUCCUGCGUUACUUCUUCUUCAAGAACUUUGCCUUCACUCUGGUCCACUUCUGGUACUCCUUCUUCAACGGAUACUCCGCACAGACAGUCUAUGAGGACUGGUUCAUCACGCUCUACAAUCUGGCCUACAGCAGUUUACCCGUUCUGCUUGUUGGACUUCUUGAUCAGGACGUGAACGACAGACUGAGUCUGAAGUUUCCUAAACUCUACCUCCCUGGCCAGCAGGAGACGAUGUUCAACUACAAGAACUUCUUCAUCAGUUUGUUCCAUGGAAUCUUCGUCUCUCUCAUCAUCUUCUUCAUUCCUUACGGAGCGUUCCUGCAGACGAUGGGGCAGGAUGGAGAAGCUCCGUCAGACCUGCAGUCCUUUGCCGUGGUAACCGCCUCGUCUCUGAUUUUCACAGUCAACCUGCAGAUCUCUCUGGACACGUCAUACUGGACCUUCGUCAACUGCUUUGCCGUUCUGGGUAGCAUCGCCAUCUACUUUGGGAUCAUGUUCGACAUCCACAGCGCAGGGAUUCAUGUCAUCUUCCCCUCGAUUUUCACCUUCACAGGCGCGGCGCCCAAUGCCCUGCGUCAGCCAUACCUGUGGUUAACCAUCAUCCUGACGGUGGGCAUGAGUCUGCUGCCCGUCAUCUGCAUCCAGUUCCUCUACAAAACCAUCUGGCCUUCAGUAGGAGACAAGGUGCAGAAAAACAGGAAGAAGUACGAAGAAGACCUGAAGAGGAGUGAGGAAGAAGAGGCGAGAAGGAAAAGGCCAGCGUUCCAGAGGGAUCGGCCUUCGCGUCGCUCGGCGUACGCCUUCUCUCACACCCCCGGCUAUGCCAACCUCAUCUCCACUGGGCGGAGCAUUCGACGGCGUCCUCAGGCCCGCGGAGGUCCCCAGGACGGCACCAGAGAGCAUUCUCGCAGAGAUGCCCAAGCCAUGUGAGCGGAGCCACAGCUGGAGGAGCUGUAAACAUCUGGGAGCGACUUAAUUUCUGUGGAGUCGCUGAACAGCUCCAACUUGGUUUUUAUUCUAGCGUUUGAACAUUGAAGUGCCUCUGACCGGUGAAGCUCCAGUUUCACCAUUUAUGCAUGAACUCUAACAGAAAAACUCACCGAAGAAACCACCGCCGUCACCGGGGGUCAGAGGUCAUGCAGCUCCAGCAAGACCACAAUGUUCCUUAACUCAGGAUUUUCCUUUUAAAUGCGUCUCUUUUAUUGAGCCAGUUCUGUUCCACACCGGUACGACUGACGUGAAACGUCAUUUAAAUCUCUAAACAGAUCGAGCCUCACCUCUUCUCGGCACUUAGAACGACGUUUUAACACAUUUUAGAAAUCAUGUCCAAUUACAUUAAUUUUGACAUCUGGGUUUUAUCUUCCCUUUCCUUCAGAUUAAAACUGAAAUAAGGCUAAACUGUCAGAAUACCUUCUGCUUUACUCGGAUUAGUGGUGGGAUAUUGGUGAACCUGGCUGUGUGAGGUGUUUGAGCAAAAUCACUGUUUUUGGUUAGACAUUGUAUGAAAUCACUGAUUGGAUUAACUUUUGUCCUUUUUUAAAAGAUUUUUUUAGGAACUUUUUUUUCCCCAUUAUUGGUUUUCUUCUCAGAUUUGUUUUAAAUUCCUAUAAAACAAAUAAAAAUGUUUUUUUUUAUUUACCAUCUAUACGUUUUAGAUUUAACGUGUAUCCAGAUGCUUCUAACUCCUGUGGGUGAAGCCUUGGUGGUGUUAUGAGUUUGUUGGUACAGGAGCCCCGUCUUAUAAUUUCUUUGUUUGUUUUCAAAAAAAAUCUGUGUUCGUGUUCUGAAUUACCGCGUUAAACAUAUUCAGGCCUUUAUUCAGAAAAUUGGGACGGAACGUUAAACUCUUAAUCCGACUGUCACGGAUCUAUCUGAUAUGACUAUUACUGAUCCGAUGGUCCCGUUACCGGUCCCAACCAGACUGGUACCAGUCCUGUAGGUCAGAACUGCUGCUCAGUAACAGUUUCUUCCUAUGAUGUGGUUUUGUCAUGUGGUUGUUAAUAAAAGCCAAGGGCACAUUUAGCA